CCACCCUUUGAAGAGCAUGUCCGUUGGAAGGUGCGUAACCCAUAUCCCUCCAGGUGUGGCUCAAAGAGGCUGUGGGCUUGUUUUGUUUCCCCACAUGGAACCUGUCGACGCUAGAUCCAGAACCAAUGCUACCUGCACCUACUGCUCAAGUACUGUUCGCAGGUUGGUCUCUGAGGCAUCGUCAUGUUUUGAUUGGUCUUGUGCGUCCGAUUUGUUUCACAGCUGAUAUGGCAGGCGCUCCAUCAGUUGAUUGAUGACUGGUCAGACCAUCUUAUGCCCGUUGAAUCAAGUUGUCGCAGUGGACCAAGCAUCAUGGUCACACGGUCGGACGCCUGCAUUGGCCGUUACAAGGGAAUCUUAGAUCAGGUUUCAAAGGCCAAGUCCGAAAGCGUGACUUGAUCCAGGCGUAAUUUGAGAGAAUAGCAAAGCUUUUCAGCUCGACACCGAUCAUGAUAUGACAUACCUCAUUGAUCCGGCUCCCACAACUGUUGAAGCUUGCCCAUCUUUUUUCCUAUUGGAGUAUGCCCUUGAAAAUGUCACUAUCAACCUGAUCCUGGCUACCUUUCUGCUCACUCGCCAGUUUUCAUUGCUCAGAACCAGCUCUGAGCUACUUGAUGGUCUGGGAUCGUUGUCAGAGAGCUUGCUUCAGAACUGGUCGUGGUCGAGGUGGCGGUUGGUGAUAACGCAAUUUUUGACGAUCGAGGAGCCUUGACCGCUUGUGUCCAUAUUGCUUUGCGAAGCACGUCAUGAUCUCCACACGAUCACUUUACCCGGACUUUGAGUUCUUCAGACGCAAUGAGAGAGGUCCCCAUAUGGCCCUGAGCCAAAGUUCUCACAUCCAUGACCAAUAUGAAACUGGAGGCCACCUCAGCAGCCGUACAACACCCACGUCUGAACCAGAUAGCAGAGCAACGAGCGGCUCAAGAAAGCGGGUACCAGUUGCAUGUGAAAGAUGCCGGAAACGCAAAAUCAAAUGCAGUGGCAACGAAGGUGAUAGCCAGGCAUGUGCAAACUGCAAGAACUCGGGCCUAGAGGACUCAUGUCGCUUUCUGCGGGUUUCCUCGGUGGACCCCAGUCAGUAUGGCUUUCGAGCGUGGCAUGGACCUCCACGAUACUCACCAUACUCGCUUCCUGCGCAUCACCGUCUGAAUUAUGUGUCUGUACCGUCAAGGUGCAGUCCACAAAGCAGUCUGCAAUACCACCCUGUGCCCAGUGGCAUUGAAUAUGGCGGAUACACCAAUCAAAGUACAAGCGUUGAUUGGGGGAGAGCACAAUAUGUCGGACCUUACUCACCAUACCCAGAUGAUGAGGGAACUAGCCCUUACACCACCCAACCUCCUCCGUACAUUCUCCCGAACACGGAUCCGAUGUCUACGAACAACGCCUACUAUAUCCACGGCCACGGGGUUCGACCUCAUCCUGGUUCACUUUGGCCAGAGACUCAGCAAUAUGUACCUCAACCCAAUGCUCAGGCAACUAGCACCUCUUAUACGAUGCCUAAUGAAGCUCCUCAAUCAUUCCAAACAAUUGGGGCUGGUGGAAGCCUUCCAUCAGACCGUAUCUUGCCACAGCCCAUCAGUGCACGAAGCUAUAUCCCUACACCGGCCAGUUCAGUGGAUCUCCCGAUUUCUGCUGUAAGCCAACGCAGCCAGAGCUAUUGGAACGGUGACAGUGCGACCUCUGUUCAGCAGAUGUCACCCCAAGCAGACUCAAACGGAGCUCAAGAACAACACAAUGCCAGGGAAAAUAUUUCCUACAGAGUCCAGGACCUGACUUACGGCCAAAUGGGUUUGGGUGAAGUGCUCUCUGCGACGUCGGUGGCAUCUGGCGAGCAGCUUGUUGUCAACGAAGCCCAGCCAGCAGUGGCAACAACUGCUCCAGCAGAACAUACUCUCUCGCAGCAUUCAUCGUUGAGUGCGGUCUCCCACCAAAGCCUUAAGUCCUCCGUUGAGGACCAUGCUGCGACAUACGGGUACAAAGGCUCCGCGAAUGGGCACAGCUCACAGUCGAUGAGUGCUUCAAACCAAUCCUUUACUGGGCCAUUCUACGGGCGAGCCAUGGUUCCACGCCCAGAAUCGGGCUCAGAUGACUGCAGUCCAGACUGUUCCAGCUGUCAGACAACCGAGUCGACUCGCACUUCGAUCACUUCGAUCAACAACACCUUGUCAACUUACUGA